AUGAGGCCGGAAACCGAUCACAUAAUGCCCGAUUCCUCCUCGGAUUCGGCUUCGUUCUGUGUGGAUUCGUCGAGUUUGGAGCUGGAGACGGGUCAGCUACUAGGAGAACAGUAAGGAUUUAUUUUGAACGAUUUCUUACCUAACUUCAUAAUUAUAUUAGGUGGUUCAAAUAAUUCAGUGUCCCCCCCACCCUCUCAACAUAAAUUUUCGAGAUUGGGGGCACAUGAUUAUUUUAACAAUCUAACAAUAAAUUAAAAUAUUUGAUAGAAGCAGUUGAAGAUUCUAUUAAAUGAUUGUUUUCCUUUUCCUCGGCACUAAUUUGGUUACUUAUUCCUCUCCAAAAAUGCCUUUGUCCUCAAUUAAAUACACUCAGAAUCAUUAGAAUUCCAUUUCAGAACAGAUAUACAUUCAGAAGUGGCGCGGCUACAGAAAGAUUUGGAGAAGACAUUAGCAUUACUGGCACAGAAAGAAGAGAAAUGUCAAGAGCUAAUACAAUUACAGCAAUCUACUGACUCCGAACUGCACAAUCUCACGGAACAAUUGUUUACGGUAGUUUUCGAAACAUUUUUAUUUCGUAAUUAUCAAAAAAAAAUAUUUCUCAGGAUAUCAAAAAAAUCCAAAACUAAAUUUAGAAAUUUAAAUAAAAACGUUUAGGAAGCCUACAAACUAGUGGACGAAGAAAAAGCUCAACGGAUUCUGGCGGAAAAGCGCUACAACGAAUGUAAACUAAAGGUAGACGUUUUAGAAGGCGAAGUCGAAGGCCUGAAAACCGUGGUCAAAGGGAAACGAUCAAUCGCUCAAAGAUUCCUCAGUCCAGGCCCUUCAUCUCCAGAACGAAUUCGGAAUCCCUUCUCACGGAAGAAUCGAUCGUUGUCGGCUUCACGAUCGAUGGUAUCCUUCAGUGAACCAGUAGACGUAGUGCAACAAGAUCCCCAGCUGUUCGAGAUGUUCAUCCAAUGGAGAGAAGACAAAUUCAGUUUGAAAAAGGAUUCUGAAUUCAUGCAGCGAGUAAUCGACGAAGACAUACGACCAUGUCUACUGUUUCGUAGUAAAAAGGUAGGACAACAUCAAAAAUUAGUGGAAGGGAUUAGAAAAUUCAAUGUAGAAUACAUAUACCUAGCCUUUUUCCACAUUUGAUUAGUUAUAUUCUAGUAACCCCACCUAAUGUCCAUAUUGUUUUAGCUAGCCGAAGAGGUGUUCCGAAGUAUUCAAGCCAACGAAUUAGAGAUGGAGAAGGUCAGAUUCACGGAAAACGAAACGUAAGUCUUCUGAAACGUCAAAUAAAUACUUACUGUCAUUUACACGUUAUUUUCCAGACCAAAAAUAAUGUUUUAGAACUUGCGCAUUGACCGAAACUUGGAAGCCAUGCCCUUACAAACUCAAGGUGAAUCUGAAUUCUGAAUGGAAAUACAUCUCCAUAUUCGCCAGAAAUCGGGUAAGUGACAUCUAGUUGUCGAUGAAUUUGUUUUCGCCAAAAAAUUACCAAUCAAGAGGAUUUUUGUUGAUUUUCAAGUUCUGAACUGCGUCCGAAGCUCUGCAGGCCGCGAAACAGUCUUUCAUUUUAUACGAAAGACAAAAUAUUGUAGCUUUCGUAUUUUAAUUGAACAUACAUUUACACCUUCUUUUUGUCUAGAUAAUGUCAAUUUAUGCCGUUUUACAUUUUUUUGCCUAAAACAACGAGUUGAACCGUGAGUUGAACUACUACAAUAUAUGUUUUCUUCCAGAUAGCGGCAGUUUGCGACUUCUACACCUAUAUUCGCUACUUAAGCCAAGGACUGGUCCAAAGCGAAUUGAGUCGAAUCUACUUUCACCUUCUCGGCCUCAGGCGAAAUAUUUUAUUGACCAAACUCGGAUUUCCAUUGGAAUCGACCGAAAACCUCAGAAGUGCUUGA